AUGGCCAUGAUCUCAACACCAGUUUUGCAAGCAGCUUUUGGAUGGCUUGUGAAUAAAUUCAGAGAUACAGCUGUGGAAAAGUUUGGCAAUAUAACAGAUCAGCAAUUUCGUAAAAUCCUCAUGAGUGAAAUCGAAGCCAUGAGCUCUAAGUUGGAUGGAUUAUCAAGAAAAGAUUUGCUGGCAAGUAUCAGCUUCUUUAAAGAAGGAAUCGAGUUGUUGUAUGAAGCAUUUGACGAGACAAGGUCAAGGAGUGAGUUUGGCGCAGAUACAGCACAAGCGGCUUGUGCGGAAGUUGUGCAGCUCACUGAAGGAAUGCGAAACUUGGAGCUUACUGAAGCUGCCACAAGAAAGCUUUCUGGUGCAAAGAAGAGAUUCGAACGAGCUCGUGAAAGAGCAACAGAUGCCUUUUCUAAUGAAGCGCUAUCACCAAAUAACCGCAUCUUAGCAAUGCAGUACCGAGUGAUGGCAACAGUAUUAGAGACAAUUGACAACCCAUCGGAUGCUGUAGCACCGUGUAAAGUGUGUAUUAAGGAGCUAAACGGUCUGCCAGUGGUUCAGCAAAGUUUUAAAGUACACUUCAAGACAGGAUUCGGAGCCGUGUGGGGUUGGUUUUACCCAGAAGAACGAGUAAAAAUCAUUUCAGGCGUCUAUCGCGUCAAUCGUGUUGCCUACGAUGUCUCACAAGCGAUAUGCAGCAGAGGGCUUCUAUUUCUGGAAUGGCCCAAUGUAGAUACAGGAGAGGAGAAAGUUGACUUACUGCAUGAUGGGAGAGUAGCUCUAUUGCAACGUGAACAAGAUUUGGAGUACUGUGAUCUAUCAUGGACAAUUGGUCAGGAUGGUGAAAAGGAGCAAAGGAUGAAAAAUCUUCUAGAUAUCGCUACCAACUCAAGCGGGCAAUAUAUUGUAGCCGACCAUAAAUUGACAAUCAAGGUGUUUGGCAAUAGUGGCAAGCUUAUGAAGUGUUUCAGACUUCCUCCUCUUAUUGAUGACAAUAGAAGAAAACUAUCGAUUGAUAUCCAUUGGGUUCAGCUGGCCACGGACAUGAAUGACAACAUUUAUGUCCUGGUUAGAGAAUGUAGUCAUAAGGACUCAUACUGGAUUUUUAUGUUUAAUAAAACGGCUGACCAGCAUCACAGGUUUUGUUUCAGGACAAUGAGCUUCGACUUUGACCUGUGUAAACUGUCAGUCAGUGAUAGUGGUAAACUGGUGAUACUGAAGGGUGACUGGAGAAAGAAACAUUAUAUUGUGGAUGUUUAUGAGACUGAUGGUCGCUUCGUUCGCAGUUUUGGAAAGCAAAAUUUGCAGUGCCCACGAGACAUCACCUCUGUAAGUGAUGGCAGAGUUAUGGUGGUGGACGAAAUUCCUUCCCACUGUGUGCACAUAUUUAGCGAAUGCGGUGACUAUCUGAGCAAGUUUGAUCUCAAUGGGUUUCUGCACUUUCCAAAGAUUGCAUUUCACAGGGAAAGUCAACAAGUCGUCUUGGCUAGUACUGACGAUGAUAAGGAGCUCUCAUGUUUUGAAAUAUACACCAAAGAUGGUGAGUUUGUACGAAGCGUUUUUGUUUACAAUAUUGGCUAUACCCUGAGUGCAAUUGCAGUGAGCCUUGAUGGACGCAUUGCAGCUCUAGGAACUCCGUUUGUCAAGCAGUAUAACGAACUUAGAUAUGACUUUACGAGAUAUGGAUCGAUUGUAGUAUUAUAGUAGUUUGGGGUAAGAACGCAGUUUCGAAAAAACUGCGCUCUAACCACCCGACUACUACUCUACCGGAAGAUAUGCGUCAUUUAUAUGUCACGCCAUCAUUUUUGUUUGUAAUAUAUUGAAGGAGUGUGUCCGUUGCUACCACGUGACAUUAUCACAUCAUGGUUAUAAUAUGGUGAAAAUGUCUGAUGUUUCAUGUCACUGUGGUUAUGAUAUAUUGACAUCAUCUUAUUGUUAUUAUUAUACAUUCAACUGGCUAUCUCUUUUCUGAUUGGCCAAAAGCGUAGAGUGAAUUUUCGAAAUCAGUGCCUGGGACGUCAUCUAGCUGUAGAUUAUACAAUAAUCAUGUUAAGGACACUCAAGGUCACGACUAAUCAUGUCAUGUAUGACCGCGAGGCAUGAUUUCUAAGGGUAACGGUAUCAAGUUCGCGCGCUUUGUGUUACCUGCUGAUUUGUAUAAUUUUACACGUUUAGAAAUAAUUUAUCAGGUCUACUUACUGUCGUGACCUUUUUUGGGGGGUUAUUACAAAGCCGAAGGCUUUGGCUGAUAACCCCUACCUCGACCUUGAUUAAUCUGGAUAUGACAAAAGCCUCAGCCAAUAAUUGUUUAUAAUAUAGCGUGUAAUAUAUUAAAAAUUGUAUUUUAGUUUAUGAAUAAUUAUUGUGAUUAUACAGAUCCUUUCAUUGAUUACUCAGAAUUAAAAGAUGCUGUUUUCAUUGAUGGUAAAAAUAAUGUCAAAACAAUUAAUGAAGAAACUAAAGAAGAAGCAGCUAAAUUAUUUCAAGAAAUAUUAGAUGAAUUAAAAAGACCCAAACUUACGAAAAAUACUGUAAAUUUCUAACUUAAAUACAUACAAUGAAUUGUAGUGAAGAAAUACAUGGUUAUAGAGAUGAAGUUAUCUGUCCAUUUUGUAAUGGACAGAUUAAAGAAAGAGUCGUUAGGAUUGUACCAUGUUGUCCGGAAAUGAAAAAUAAAAUAAAAAUAAAAAAUAUGUCUGUAUUAAAAAUGUGGUCAAAUCGAUGGAUAUGAGCAUGACAAUAAAUUUAUUAAUUUUCAUGAAGAUAGAUAUAGAUUUUCAAGAAAGUCUGAAUAUUAUAGAGAGUAUUAUGAUAUAAAAGUAAUUCAUGGUGUUACAAGGGAACAUCAAUUAACAGCAAAAAAUCAAGAGAAGAUAUUUAAAAUUUUUUAACUAAUCGGUAAAACUAUUCCCAAAAUGCAUGAAAAAGGAAGGAGAAGGAUUAAUACACAUUAUAUGCUUAGAAAAUACAGGAAUGUUCAUCAUACUGUUAUAUUUGAAUUGAAUGAUGUUCCCUUUAGAAUUGGAAAACAUUGCUGAUACUCUAAGGUUUUUGUAGAAAAGAAUACAAUAAAACUCAAGGAAAGUCACUGUUUUAAAUUCAUUGCACCGGAAAGAUAAACGAGUAGAGACUGGAAAUAAUUUGGCCUAUCUAUACACUGCAAGAGUCUUUCGUCACGCAUUAGAUCGACCUCGUGAUUAUAUGACCACAUUGUUUUGUUUAUUUGAUCGUCCCAGUUGUUUUCUUAAAUAUAACCACUCCUAAAACUGUCUCGAAGCCCUCAAACUGUGCGAGAGACGGGAUAUAAUUAAAUUUAAUUGAACUUGGAAAAGGCUAUUAAAUUAAAGGUAACCUUUUGGUUUAAUGAACCUUUUUAUUUCUUUAUUAUCAAACCUGUGAGGUGAACGUUUGAGCGAAAAAAGAAAAAAAAACUUCUCAAACAAUCUUUAAAAUGUCGGUGAUUUCGACAGAGUUUUAUCUCAAACGAUUAUCACUCGGUGACCCUAACAGGUCUACAAAGAAAUCACCUUAAAUUAUUGUUGUUGUUGUUGUUGUUUUUUUACGUAUUACUUCGUCGCACUAAAGGCACAUGAAUUAAACCUUGGCGAGUGAAAAUCAGUGAACUGAAUAAAGACAACUUCUUUAAUCUCAAGGGUUACACGGCCCAGUUUUUAAGCCAAGUAGAAAGAGGAGACUAGAAUGAAUAUGAAAAUAAAUUAAACUUUUAGAUCUAUGGAGCUUCAGUACACCUCUUAAGAAUUUCAAGAGCUGCACAAUGGACAUAACGAUAAGUUCUUUCCGGCAGUUUGGCCAUGUUUACCCAACUGUAGCAGAGCCACCAGUCAUUCCGUUAAUUUCUGAAAUGCCAACGCGUAUAGCAAAUAUGAGAGUAGUGUGAAGAUUGGUGAUAAGUUGAAGGUUUAGCCCAGUAAAUUUAUUCCUCGAGUCUACAGAGCCUUAGUAGAGGUAAGAGGCGAGAGGUGAUUAUGACUUGGGCUUUAUACAAAGGAGAACCCCUUCCGUCGGUGGAAAGUUUCAGUCGCAACGCAGUUUAUGUUAUAAAGCAGAGACAAAACAUAUCAUCUAAAGCAGUUGACCUCUUAAUCGUUAUCCAAUCCCCGAGGUCAAAAAUACUUUAAAAACAUUUUUAACUUAACAUAAUUAAUCUGAUUGCUUCCUUCGUUAUCGGUUAUGUUCUCCAAUCCCUGCCGGCGUUUGUAUCUUCGCUUUUUCCUUGUUGAGGUUUCUGUUAAUUGCUUCUGAAUCUGAAACACCUGCCUAAGCUGCAAACGAACGGGAUCGUGCAAUGUAACUUUCCGACUUCAAAAUAAAACGACCAUUAUUUCGGUUUUGAGGUCAAAAGUAGAACAUCACGUGGGGCGGGACUGCAGAUCGAGAAAAAUUGGUCGACGACAGUGAACUGCAGAUUGAUGAAGUACGUUAAAAUUGGAAAUAUAUAUUGAAGCAUUUAAACAUUGAUGGGCUUUGAAACAUAUGAGUCACGUUGAGGUGCUCCUCCUCCUUCCUGAAAGAAAGAAUAGCGUUCAUAACCAAAUGACAGACUAGAAAAUGAUUAGAUGCACUUAAGAACAUAUGCCUCGAAGAACUCACUUUGAAAGAUAACUAUUUUUUUUGGUGUUGUGUGCAAGAUAAUUUAUCUUCAAUUUAAAUUGGACUCAUGGAGAUCAAAAACAAGUUUUAUAGGAAUUUAAGAGCUUUUGAAAUAACUUAUCGUAUGGAACCAAGAGAAUAUAAACUGCUUAUGAUCUCUCGAUGGAACAGUUUCGAAUUAACACAAGAAACAAAUCAAUAAUUAGAUUAAUGAAAAAAUGAAAGCUUAUUUCAAGAAAACAGAACCUGAACCUCACCUAACGAACAGGGAAAUAAUUUGCCGAGAACAGUACAUGGAGAGGCUCUUUUCUUUUUUUCUUUUUUUUUUCCUUGAAACUGUCUAGACUUGCCUUUUCAUUUUUAACAUCAUGGCCUUCCUUUCGCUUUUUUUUUUGUUUAUUGGUUCCUUUAUUUUCAAAUUUUAUUUCAUUUCACUGCCUCUUAUCUCCCCACUCCAAACUCUUCAAUCCACAAUCACAACCGAAACAUCUAUCGCACCGGUGUAUUAACUAAUUAAACCGCAGUGUUGACCUUGGUUUCGAGUGACACAACGGGCUGCGCUGCAGAUUAACACAACUGCCAAUAGCGUUGCUGACGGCUGAGGAAUUCGAUAAUCCUAAUGUUACACUCAUUUGCUGUAGUCAAGCAACUUCUAUCGAGUCCCGUUAAAAACGUAUUUUUCCUCUGAUUUUCCUCAAUUGCUAUCAUGGCUGUGAUCCCUAUUGCAGUUUUUCAAGCGACUUUUGGAUGGCUUGUGCAUAAAGGCAGAGAUAAAGCAGUCGAAAAGCUAAGCGAUGUAACGCAUAAACAAUUUCGUAACAUCAUCAUGAGUGAAAUCGACGACAUGAGCUCCAAGUUGGAUGGAUUAUCAAGAAAAGAUUUGCUAGCA